AUGUGUUCCUUGGUAACAGACUCGGGAAGGAAGGUCGAGCCCAUCAUCAUGGCCAGAAGCGAUCGAGGUUUCGAAAAAGAGAAUGAAGAGUGGAUAGCAUAUAGGAGAAACUACUUUUCUUUAGUGGCAGCCUUUUACUUCCAAAACGAGUCUCUCGAAGCGUGCAGCGAUAAUUGCUUUUAUUGCAUAGAUAAGCUGGGCGUCAAGCAUACAGUGUCGUAUUUCAAGAUCGGGAUAUAUGAUGUGUGUCCUGACACUGGAGAAUUAACAAACACACUUGUUCAACACACCUCCAAACGUGACAAAGGUCCUCAAUUUGAUCCACCGGUGUACAACGCAGUGCUUGGGAUUCUCCCACUGCACGAUUUCAUGAAGCUGAUCUCUAACAUCAGAAACAUGAGCCGUCUCCACGAAUGCCACAAGAAAUUUUUUUUGACAGACCUCAAGAGGCAAUCGGUCGGCAAAGGCAUUUUAGGCAACUAUCCAGCUGCUGAGUCUAUUGCUCGAGUGGCUAGGUAUGAACGGAUGCAAUUUUCAAAGAGCUCAAGCCAGUUGAGCGGGGUUAACAGAGCGUUGAAGCUUGUGGUGAGACUCAUGUGUGUGAUUGAAAAUGGAGAGUCAAUUCUAGUAGCGGCUGCAGAGACACCUACUCUUACAAUAAGGGGACGUUCGCCUAUGCUGUAUAUCCACAAGAGCCUUGCAGACAGCUCAUUUGAUAAGGAGAACUUGGUGAGCUCUUCUUGCAAAAAAAGGUCUGAAAAGUCUGAGAGACCAUCUUAUAUGGGUCGCAAGCUCCCAUUAAGACCUCCCAACAAAAAUACGAACUUGGAUAAUCUGCCAAUUCGUAUCACGAUUAAAGACAUGAUAUCGUCACCUUAUGAGAGUCUGACACCGAAAAAGAAGGAAUACAUGGUAUCUUUUAAGAUCACGCCCUGGAAGUUACACAUUGACAAUUCUUUGCACCACUUGGUCCCACACGAUCCAGCGAAGGUCUCACUAGAUAUACCUGGAAGCCCCAUGACAAGCAUGCCAACUACACCUGUUGAUACGUUUGAAGAUGUCUCUAGAGGAGUAAGCCCUCCAGCUUCAAUACACUCUGAUCCCAUGGUCCACGAUAGACAGGUUAAGUUGGUCAAUGCUUUGAAGGAGUACAAGCAAGUGAGUAGCCAAAUGAUCAAGUUAGACCCUGCUCACAGCUGUGAGCUCGACUUGCCUGUGCCAUUGACUGGAGUGUGCUUUGCUACAGAGACGACCAGCAUUCCUAGGAUUGAGCGAAGCAGCUUUUACAGGCUGCCUCCACAGACUUUGGGGCAGCCCAUAGUGCACUGUAAGCAUGGCUGCAAAAUGAGAGUCACACGAGAAAUGGAAGAGUUCCUGGAACAAAUCAAAAGAGAUCCCGACAUAUGCCUGCCAACCACGACUUUUUUCGAUGAGAAUUCUGAUUCAAGUCUCUUGAGAUUCCGCAACCUGCUUUCCCGUAUCAAAUCACAGGUAAUUCAUCUGCCCCCCACAUCUUGCGACCACGCACUGACCACGCUCACCCAGUUUAGCACCACUGCCGUCGAAGAGUCACUUUGGUGA